AUGGUGCAGCUCCCUCGGGAUGUGCUGUUAGCGAUCUUCUCUUGCCUUUCCAGCGUGGACGACCUGGGCGCGGCCUGCCUAUCGGCCAAGGCGCUGCACACCCACCUCACAAGCGAUGAAUUCCUGCACGUGUGGUUCCGGCGGCAGCACACGGUCCACUUACCCCACACCCCAUGGCAGUAUGCGGCGGUCUCAUGGCGCCGCCUCGCGCGCCUGGGGCCGCUGCAGCUGGCCCAGUGGCUCGCCGCCCACACAGCCAUGCGGGCGCGCGAGCUGCCGCCCGGCACGCCACCGCCCGUGGCCCUCGGCUGCGCAGGCGCCGCGAUUUCGAGCGGCGACGCGCCCGCAGCGCUCGCGGCUCUCUGCCCGCACGCGCGACACCUGCUGCUCCCGUACGCAGCGCACGCGGGCCGGACGGACGUCGUCGCGGAGCUGAUCGCGCCCUCACCAGACGCCCAGCAGCAGGAGCAGCAGCAGCAGGAGCAGCAGCAAGAAGAGCAGCAAGAGCAGCAGCAUCAGCAGGAGCAGCAGCAGCCCUUGUUGGUGCUGCCCUUGGCUGGCGCCGGCGGCCUGAUCCCUCACCUCGGAGUCGCCGCGCCCGCGCCCGUCGACUCAAACAUCGAGCGCGCACGCCUGGAUGCUCUUGACCUGGCGCUACGCGCGGCGCUCCUCGGCCGCCGCCCGGGCGCGCUGCAAGCGCUGCUGGCGCACGCACACGCCGCGAAGGCCGCCGCCGCAGCAGGCUCGGAGCCGCCGCCGGGCGGGCCGGGGCCGGGGCCGGGGCCGCAGCCGCCGGCGGCGGCGGCGGAGGCGGCGGUCGGCCUGCUGCAGCACGCGGCGGCCUGCAGCGACGUGGAGUGCCUGCGGCUGCUGUGCGCGCCGGGCUCGCCUUUCGCCGGAGCUUCCUCG